AGAUGGCGUCGUUGUUGUAUAGAGUCUUCGGUGUUGGCGGGAACGGCUCAGGUGCAGCCGGGCUCUGCGGACAUCCACGCCCUCGUGGGAGUGUCGCUGGUGCUGGGGUUCGUCUUCAUGGUGCUGGUGGACCAGUGCUCGUCUUCAGUCGGCAGAGGCGAGUGCCGCUCUUCCUGGUUCUCUAGCUGCGGCGAUAUGUGCUUCAUGUCAGCUGGUUCUUGCAGACUCUGCUGUUAUUGGCCACAGGAUUGGGGUAGGCCAUAUACGUUGAAGAGUACCGAUGCCCAGUGGCAUACACCGGUGUGUCAUGUGAGCUACAACCGCCGAGGUGGGGACCCUGGCUGGGGGUGUGCACCAGGGGACCAGAGACGGGCCACUGCGGAGACCCGAGCCUCGUGCAGGGAGUGUGAGCAGUGUACAUCUGACGGCGUGGCCCUGGGUGCUGCAGCUACUACUGCACACGCAGAUGUCGAGAUGAUAGUCUUUGUAGCCAUCAUGUUGCACAAGGCACCAGCAUCUUUUGGACUGGUGACAUUCUUGCUUAAAGAAGGAUUACUGAAGUCAACAGCGAAGAAGCAUUUGUGUUUCUUAGCAUCUGCACCUCUUCUUGCCCUCCUGAUGUUCUUCUGUCUUGGUCAAAUCACCCAGCAACAGACAUGUAGGGUGCAUGUUGUUAGGGCUCGCUGGUUCUCUGUCAUCAGCUGA